CUGGGGAAUUGCCGGAAAGAGCAAACAAAAAAGGCGCUGGUGUAGGCUCCAAAAUAAACACAUCUGAAUUCAUGAUGGCAUCGACAGAGGCUCUUACUGGAUUAAAAGUUUCAAAACAAACAAAAACGCUUUGGAAAAAGCAGGGUUGAAUGCCUGCCCACACGCUGAGGCAUGACCAUGGAGAAAGGUGGGAACAUACAACUGGAGAUCCCUGAUUUCAGCAACUCUGUCCUGAGCCAUCUAAACCAGCUGCGCAUGCAGGGCCGCCUCUGUGAUAUUGUGGUCAAUGUGCAAGGACAAGCUUUUCGGGCUCACAAAGUGGUACUGGCUGCCAGCUCACCCUAUUUCCGAGAUCACAUGUCCUUGAAUGAGAUGAGUACUGUCUCCAUUUCAGUCAUCAAGAACCCUACUGUUUUUGAGCAGCUCCUCUCUUUCUGUUAUACGGGGCGGAUAUGCCUGCAACUGGCAGAUAUCAUCAGCUACCUGACAGCCGCCAGUUUUCUGCAGAUGCAGCAUAUUAUCGACAAAUGUACACAGAUCCUGGAGGGUAUUCAUUUCAAAAUUAAUGUGGCAGAGGUUGAAGCCGAAUUAAGUCAAACGAGGACAAAGCAUCCAGAAAGACCUCCAGAAUCUCACAGGGUUACACCAAAUCUAAACCGUUCCCUUAGCCCACGACAUAAUACCGCAAAGGGAAACAGGCGAGGUCAGGUUAGCGCUGUGCUGGAUAUCAGAGAGCUCAGUCCUCCUGAGGACUCCACCAGCCCUCAGAUAAUUGAACAGAGUUCUGAUGUAGAGAGCCGGGAGCCCAUUCUUCGAAUCAACCGAGCAGGACAGUGGUACGUGGAGACAGGAGUAGCAGACCGAGGGGCCCGCAGUGAUGAUGAAGUCAGGGUCCUUGGAGCAGUGCACAUCAAAACUGAGAAUCUGGAGGAGUGGCUCGGGCCGGAGAAUCAGCCUUCUGGAGAAGAUGGCAGUAGUGCAGAGGAAGUCACAGCCAUGGUGAUCGACACGACAGGCCACGGUUCCGUGGGACAGGAAAAUUACACUUUAGGAUCUUCAGGAGCCAAGGUGGCUCGGCCAACAAGCAGUGAAAUUGACAGAUUUAGCCCCUCCGGCAGUGUUGUUCCCUUGACGGAGAGACACAGAGCCAGAAGUGAGUCUCCUGGGAGAGUGGAUGAGCCUAAGCAGCCCAGCUCCCAGGUAGAAGAGUCCGCAAUGAUGGGAGUAAGUGGCUACGUGGAGUAUCUCCGAGAGCAAGAAGUAUCUGAGCGGUGGUUCCGGUACAACCCCCGUCUCACCUGCAUCUACUGCGCCAAGUCUUUCAACCAGAAGGGUAGCCUGGACCGCCACAUGCGCCUGCACAUGGGGAUCACGCCAUUCGUCUGCCGCAUGUGUGGCAAGAAGUACACCCGGAAAGAUCAGCUGGAGUAUCACAUCCGCAAGCACACAGGCAACAAACCCUUCCACUGUCACGUUUGUGGCAAAAGUUUCCCCUUCCAGGCCAUCUUGAAUCAGCACUUUCGCAAAAACCACCCUGGCUGUAUACCCCUGGAGGGGCCCCACAGCAUCUCCCCUGAAACAACUGUCACAUCUCGAGGACAAGCUGAGGAAGAGUCACCUUCCCAGGAAGAGACAGUUGCUCCUGGGGAAACUGCCCAGGGCUCUGUGUCCACCACUGGGCCAGAUUGAAACAUCGAGGGGGAGGGGGCAGACCCUCUUCCCCUUUGGGCCGUCAGCAGCCAGCAUCAGGGCCGUGGGCUGGUACUUAGAUUUACAAAAUGCCGCAUCACUAGAUCGGAAGAUGCCCCCAAGAUGUUGCCAAACUAGAGGGUCAGCAACAUGCACAGAAGCACGAGAGGCUCUUCCCCUCCUCCUUCCCACCUCAUACUUUGGAAAAUAAUCAAGCAAAUCAACUUUCUAAUUCAGGGAUCAACAGCCUUGGUUUGUUAACUUUAUAAGAAAAAAAUUUUUUAACAAAACAAUGAUAAAUGGUCAUUUAUCUACCAGUCAUGUUUGAACACUGUACUUUGGUCCAUAUCAUCCUGAUGGCUGUAAUUGCCCGGAUCUAAAAAAACAGCAGGAGCCUUGGUCAUCUGAACCAGCCAGCCACAAGAGAGAAGGAAGUCAUGAUGGUGACAGGGAGGAGACAUUUCUCUCCUCUUCCUUCCCUGCCAGAACAUGCAGUUUCACGUUUGAAGAAAAAAAGAAAGUAUCCUGGUGGUUCUUACUGUUUUGAAAGGUUAGACCUUAUCUUUGCUCUGAUUAGGCAUCUGAUACUUUGCCUGAUUGUUUCACGUAAGCUGCCAUCUUGGAGCGCUGUUCUAGUGGGCAGCAUCCCCUGAAGCACUUCAGGCAACUAGAAGUGAGCUGAGCAGCAGUGUUCGCAGUAGGUUCUGCUACCUUAGGGGGCUUGAGUAUCCUAUUGAGGAAGACGGGAGCAGGGACGGAAGUGGGAUUUUUGUGCAAAUGUCAGAUGGCACAGAGUACUGCAACUUCCUGGUCGGUAUUGUACACCACAGCGCUUAAAUAUCUUUGGGUGUUAGGAAAUGGCUCUAGUCCAGAUGAAUUAAUGUGUUAGGCUGAGUACCAAAGUUUCAUCCAGUCUCUCUGGCUCCUCCUUUCACAUAACAGCAAUAUUAUACAUCAAAAAUGUCACUUUCCAGUGAAAUGAGCCUGGACUGUAUUUUUAAAUCUACAGGUCUCCAUAUUUGAUAACUUUUAUAUGAAGUUUUAAACACAUUUUUUCUGCAAUAUUGUGGUUGAAGAAAUUCAACACUAUGGUUCUUAUUGCAACCACAAUUCCAUUUCCUUUUACAUAUGUAAUAGUGUAUAUUUUCAAGCCAAUAGAAGAACCUCACUAAAUCCAUGACUCGUGUCUGCAAACCUAGUAAUUCAUGAACCCACCAUCAGCAAAUUGCUGGUGACUCCAAGAGCUUUGCUUUUUAAUAAUACACUACAGGGCAUUCACCAGAAAGCAUCAUGCACAAUCAUGUUGCAAUAAAUUGAUCAAGGGAUCAGUUUUGAUCAGGUUUGGUUACUUAAUCAUUCCUAAGAUUUUUUAAAACUUCAAGGGACCUUCUUGGUAAUUCUGGGGAUUUCUGAGAUUCUUAAUCCAGCACUGAGAGAAAAAAUUUACCAAACGUGUAGAGUUUUAGAUGCCCUGUCUCGCAUUCGAGAAUGAAGGAGGAUUAGUAAGGGGUGCGGGCAAGGUGAUGCUUACAGUGCAAACAGAAAAGAGAAAAAUCCAUACCUUCUCCUGAUUGAUCAUUAAUGUUUUAAGAGUAUUUAAAUAUGCAGUGGUUUGCAGUUAUUUUGGUGCAGAGGCAUAGAUGAUUGUAAAAGAGAUCUGGGGCGGGGCUGGUCAUGUCUGCACUGGUGAGCCAUUUGUGAGAAUGUUAGUAGCAUGCUCCCCUUUGAGAAUGCUUUGUGGUAUGUGGAAAGGUGGGUAGAAAAGAAUGGCAUUUCUUUGAUGAUAGGAAGUUAGAGUGCAGAGAGUAACUCUCAAGCAAUCUGCAAAUUGUACAUACACAUAAAGCUGCUCCAUGUCACUGGAGAGUGGUUAUUUUCUCUUCCGGAAAAACGUAGAAAUGCGUCUUUUAAUAAGAAUGUAAUGAUGCUACCGUUUGGUAAGAGCCUACCCUUACAUGAUCUGUCCAAGCAUCUUUUGUCUGUUGUCUUUCAGAGACAUAGACUAGGGCAUUCUCUCUUUAGUUGGGGAACAGCAUGAUAGGGCCAUCUUAGGGACCAGCUAUGCUCUGUGGCAUAGAAGUGGACUUGAAAUUAGACUAAAAUCUUUAGGGAAACCUUUGAGCUGGUCAUCACCGCUGUGCAUGGACAGAUUUGGCCAUUACCGAAUAGGCAGAAAGACGAGAAGUACAGAAUAUGCUGCUGUCGAUGGAGCUUUUAAGCCUACCAAAAAAAUGUUAAGUCCAUCCCACUUUUGAGAAGUAGUAUGCUGGAAAGUUCUUUAUGCUUUGUUAGUUUCUUAGAUUUCCUGUGAGAAAAUAGAGCUUUUUUAAACUAUUACCAAAUUGUAAAGGUGACGUGCAGUAAUCUUCGUCAAGAGAAGCUUCGCAGCAUUUGUCGUUACCCCAGCGGGGAUUAGCAACAAACCUUUGACACGAAGUAGGGACUGUUCAGUAGAUGUGGAAAUGCUGGGAGUGUGUGGUGGGUUCCCUUCCCUUUUCAUUCACUUGUCAUAGAUUCUUGCUGUAUUGAUACUGUGAAUAGAGUGCUACCUGGUCUUCUGGGACCCCAGCAGCACAAUCACGUUUGCUGGUUCUCGCCUCUUAAUUGGCCUAGCCCAGAGCCGUGAAAUUCGUGAACAUUCAAGCCAGGCUAGCUUUUAAACAAAUUAAAGUUUCUGAAAGCAAUUUCCAUGUUAGCCAGAAAAGAUAUUAUUAUUCUAAAUAACUAUCCAAGAUUCUUAUCCAGGUUCACUGUGAUAUUGUCCUAGUUCUUAGCUAACAUCACUGUAGGGUCAUAGGAGUUAGUAGUGUUCUAUCGACAUUAAUGAAUAGCUGUAUUGGUGUGUGCACAGAGGAUACCUCUCGUAAGGAUGUACUAAAUGGACUUUAGCUAAUGCCGAAAACUCAUUACCAAAUCUUAACUUGCACAUGUCACCUUGUGAAGGGAACUGCAUUAGCAGUGAGAGCUAAAUCAUCAUUAAGUACUUUAAUGCCAUGAAAUAGCAAACACUGGGACCGUUUUCAUUUGUUGAAUGGCACUUAACAGCAAAGGAGCUACCGAAUAUUCUCAGCAAAAGAGAGAGAUGGCAGUAUAUUAAUCUGUUUUCAUUCUAAGAGGUACCUUUUAUUCUCUCUGAACUCUGAUGCCAGUAUAUAAAUAUAGCAUUGGCAUGAACAGGAACACUGUACUUAGGCAGAAAGGCUCUUUCUAAUGACUUGUUCUCUCUUUACUCAGAACCAUAUUUACCUCUGAACCAAGUUGAGUUUUAUUUUAUGUAAUUUGCCAACUACCCCCAAGCCAUCAUUGUACCAGACGGUUAAAUCUAAUCCUGAAUAAGUUAAAAUAAGUUUGUUCCUAAAGGAUAAGGAUUGGAAAAGAAGGGAGAUAGCAGUUGAGGAAAGUUUUCUUGUUAUUUUGGUUUUUGGUAUUUUUAAAUGUUUCCAGUUCCUUCUAUAUCAGUGAAACAGUUUCCAAAGAUGUUGUGAGGAUAGGAAUAAACCAUUCUCCUCCCACCUUCAUAGUUGAAAUCUGGCCUUGGUUGGAAGGGGUCGGAAGGAAGAGUGAAAUAGUGAACUUCAUCCUUAGCUGAGUAGUCUGUGGUCAGGAAAUAACUUUAAAAAAAUUUUAGCUGUUACUUGACACUAAAUUUCUUUUAACUAGUAAAAAUUAUAUUUUGUUUGGAAGAUCUAAUUUAAAGAAAUAAAAACAACAGGUAAUGGAAAGGAAAUUAAAUCAAAGACAGCAGUCUUCUUAAUCCUGGUGAAAGGCAUUUAAUCAGGAAGGGGCUGGAAUCCUGGAAGUUUUUCUCUCUUAAGAUCCAGCAGACAGGUGGUUUGUUGUUUGUUUGUUUGUUUGUUUUCUCUUCCUCCACCGCUCUUCUUCUUAUCUACUUACUGGUUUAAGGCAUAACAGAGAGGUCUUUAUUGAACUCAUCUUUGAAAACGGGGCUCUUCACCUUUGCCGUUUGGGCAAGGGUGCACAAUAUGGAAGUAUUUUAGUUGCUGAGAUUUAGAAAAAGGACACCAAGCUAUUAAGUCAGGUAAACCCCUGGGUUUGAGAGGUUGCCCCUUAGCAAAGAAUAUUCCUAGACUUCAUGAAUUAGAUCAGGGUUCAGCGGACUGCAGCCCCCAGGGCCCAAUCCUGAGGCCAUCUGUUUGCCUAAAGAAAGUGAUGGUAGAAUGGGGCCACACCUGUUCUUCAGGUAUUGUUUCUACUGUGAUGGCGAGGUCGAGUGCUUGGGACUCAGACCACAUGACCAGCAAAGCCCAAAAAUGUACUGUUUGUCACUUGACAGAAAAGUUUGCUAACUCCAGAAUUAGGUUUGAAAGAAUGACCCCCAAAUUUGUCACUUCUGCCAUUUUGUCUUUUUAAUAGUUUGGUUGAGGUUUUAAAUUCAUGUUGCCAUGUAUGCAUCAGUUUUUUUAAAGAGCUUGCCAUCUUUUUCUAGAUCUUUUUCUCGUAACCCUCUUUGUGUUCCUUCUUAAUGAUUCCCAUUGCUUUAAAAGCAUUUAGAAUAGCCUUAUGAUCUGUCCUUGCCUUAAAGGUGCAGGUAGAUUAAAGUUUAGGAUGGUAGUUACAGAUGUAACAAAGUAAUUUAAAAAAUAAUUCCCAUGCAUAAUAACGUAGGAUUAAAUGAGUACCAUGUUUACAUAAAAUACUGUAAAAAAGAAAUUGUUUUUAUAAGUUUUGUCAUUCCUCUGAGAUCACUUGAACUGAUUUGCAUAAUGAUGGCAAGAAUGAAUUUUUUCCCAUUAGUAUUAAAAAUUAACUUCUGUUAUGAAUAAGUGGUUUGAUUCUUACCCAAAAUACUGUCUUUCUAGAUUAGAAACCUCUACCGUUUCCCUGUACUACAAAUCUUCAUUUUCAUUUCCUCAAACUCACUCUGUUCCAUGUGGAGUAGUAGAAAGCCAAAUCUUCUUCCCUUCAUUUCUUUUUCCAGUGAAUGUUUUAAAACAUAAUGAAAUCUCAGAGGAUUUCAAAUUCCUCUUAGACCCAUCUUACAAUUUCUGUUACUGUCAUUUUUCUAAAUAUAUACUGGGCCAUUAUUUAUUUGCUCUCUCUUCCUUCUUACUGCUCAAAUAGAUUUUUUAUGCCAGAUGUGCAAAAAAUGGAAAAUGUUAGGAUGAUUAUAAACAGAAUUCUUUGCAAGAGGAGAGUAUAAUUGUUCCACAUAUGGAAACCAUGCAUAGACUUCUGAGUUGAAGUUAUCAGGACAGAAUGUUCUAGGCCAUGCUGACACAAUGCAGUGAAUUAGAUUCGUACUUUGUUGUCAGCUCAACCAACACAUACCAAGUUCAGAUGAGUGACCUAACUUCCAGUACGGCACCUCUCUACUAGGCAUUUUAUUCUUAAAGUUCCCUUUUUCUACGUUGAUAUCAGUAAGUUUUAUAUAUGUCCUAUGAGUAAUAGAUAAUCCAGACCUGUAAAGUUCCAGAAUAUUCGCCUCGGUUUGAACUGCCUUGUCUUAGAAGCACUUAGAGUAAUCCAGGGCUCUUGAGAUUUUGGAGUGUUGCUUUUCUGAUUAAUUUGGGAUUCUGAUUAAUCUGGGAUAUAGAACUUGUGAAAGCAAUUGAAUUUAAAGAGCCCGAAAAACCAUCUGCCUCCAGGUCCGCGUGAGGUCUAGGAAGUAGUUGUCAUUUCUACGUGAAUGCAUUGAAAACAGUGUUGUUCGCCCAGCGUUGUGAUUUCUUUGAUAAUCACCAGUCUUAUGUUUUGCCUUCUUUGCUUUCUAGAGUCUGUUUCUCUGUUUUCAGUCUUCUCAUUUUUAGGUAGUGCUUUUCCCAGGACCGGUCUUUUCACUUUGCAGUAGGUAGGUUUUCUUGCUCGGGACAAGCCAGAGUUGGAUAUUAUGAGUCCUUUUAAACACCUGACUUAGUUACAUUCCAAAGAUGUAAUUACUGACAGCAGCAGUGGUAUCAAAACCUGGAAGAUAUGUUUUCUCGUAUAGGCAGACUACCUUCUCCCUCAACUGCGAGGAACAGCAGUGACUUAAAAGGCAAUUAUUACUGGGAAUGUACAGUGUUUUCACAGAGUCCAUACGUGAAUAAAUUUCUUCUCUCACAUCUUCCCUCUAUCUCUAUAACAAAGACUUCCCAUCUUGAUACAGUUAAGAAGGGCUGGCUCACUCACCUAAACGACAGAGCUAAGUUACAAAGGCAGAGCAGUUCAUGAAAAAUAAAACUCUUCUAAUGCUUCUUUCAUGUCUACUUAGUAAGUCCUGUUGAGGAGGCUAGAAUUCACCAUCCAGUUAAGGGAGAAAUAUGGGCAGCAUCUUACAUGGACAACAGCACAAUUUAAUAUACUGUGAAUCUUAGAAUCUGAAUUAAUCGGUAAGGCCAAAAGUCAGAGUUUCUUGUGGGAAAAUGUUUCCUAUUCUGUGAAAUCACUUAUCUUAAGUGAUAAGUAGCAUACAGGAAAAUCUGUUCCAUAAAGUAAAUAUUAAGUAUUUUUUGGUACCAGGUCGUGUGCUUGGAAUUUAUAUAACAAAAUUGAUUGUAGACAUAGUGUAGAUGUGGCUUCCUAUACUUGAGAGUCCUGAGUCCACUUGGUUGGAGUCUGGAUGUAUGCUUUUUAAAAGCCUGCACUUUUCACCACAGAGAUCAAAGAGAAGGGGACAGAACUGACUGUACGAAGUGCUUUAGUGGCAUAAUCACAGUUAGUCCUCAGAAUAAUCCUGUGAGGUAAUAAGGGUAGAACUAAAGAUAGUUGAAUUCUUUUGACUGCUUACUGUGUGCCAGGCACAGAGCCAUGUGUUUCGCAUUGGGUAACUCGCCUAAUCCUUACGACAGUCCCAUUAGGGUAGACAGUUAUGCUCUUCACUUUAGAGAGGGAGAAACUGAGGCACAGAGAGGUUGACCCAGGCAGUCUGACACGAGAGUUGACACUCUACUAGACUGUGUUGCCUUUAAGAGGUGUAAUUAUGCCACAUUUUAUAGAUGAAGAAACUGAGGAGCCCAGAGUUACCCAAUGAAUAAAUUGCAGACCCAGCCUUUUCCAAUCUGCUUCCAAAGCCCAGACUCUCUCCACUACAUCAUAUUGACUCUGUUUACUUAAAGAGUUGGGGUGAACUAGAAUAAACAAUAGCCAGUAACAGUACUGCUUUCAUUGAAUUUUUAACUCAACAAAGCAUGAUUGGAAGAUUUCUUCAAAAGAUAAUGUCUCUGAGGAGAUGUUGAAUGGUGAAUAUUUUCUGGAGGUAUUGCCCAUUGUUUCAGGAGUCGCCCAUUUGAUAGGUCUAAUUGUGAAUCAGUUCAAGUUACCACCAAGGCAAAAACCAAAAGAUAGCGUUCCCAUAUAUCCAGUUUUGUAACAAACUGCCCUAAACCAUAGUGACCUAAAACAACAAUUUUCUAUAUCUUGUGAGGUUGUGAAUCAGAAAUUCAGGAAAGGCUCAUCUAGGCAAUUCUCUUGUCCCUGUAGUGAUGACUGAGGCCACCUGGUAGUAUUCAGCAGGUGGUGGGACUGGUCUGUGGUGUCCGUGCUGAUCUCACAUGCCUGACACCUUGAGGGAGGGCUAGAAGAUGGGGCUCAGCAGGCCUCCUCUCGCCCUCUGGAGUCUCAGGGACUUUCCAUGUGGUCUCUCCAUCGGGGCAGUCAGACUUACUGAAUGGCAGCUCAGGCCUCUAAGAGGCUGGGAGAAGGUGCCAGGCCUUCUAAGGCCAGGCUUAGAGCUAUCAUAGAGUCACCACUGGACACCGCUGGUCAGAGGAGGCACUGGUCAGCCCAGAUUCAAGGGGAGAGGAAAUACCUUACCACUUGAUGGCAUGUGUGUCAGGGAUUUGGGACCACUUUCAUCUGUUGUAGGUAGCAUUAGGUGAUUGAUUUCUCCGGUGUUCACUCAUUUGGGUUAGUUGUUUGUGCCAUAGGAACCACUUACGAUGUCUACCAUGGGUCAGUCAUGGAGCUAGAAGGAGAAUGAGACAAAUACCCGCAACAGGUUUCAUUAGCUACCCACCCCCUGAGUUUCAUUUAUCUUAGAGCAAAAUUUCCAUUUCACUUUUCUUUUGUUCCAAGUUGUGAGCAUUUGCUGUUUUGGUGGUUUUUUUGUUUUUUUUCUGUGAAGCUACAGUAACUGUACCUACUGAGCCGGAAGUACUCCAGAGGGAGGAAAAGCUUGCUGUUACAGAAGCUUAUUUGUUAGAGAUGUCAGCUGUAUUUAAGUUUACAAAUAGGCAAAAACUCCUGUGGUAUGGAAAAUUCAUACGGCUACUAAAUCUCUUUCAACGGGAGUUUCUGAUGAGUGGCUGCGUGGAUCGUGUUCUUGAGGUAAAUGAAAGCUUUGCCUGCGCUGCCCUAGUCCCACCUUUCCUGCCAGCACACCCCCCCCCCAGGCACUGCUCUGUGCUAGAACAUCCCGUUUUUAUCACCUUUCUUAUGGGAAAAUUCAUUGCUCAAUUUAAUAUGUUGUUAAUCCUUUAAAAUUAGCAGAUGCUGUCAACCUGUCAUCUAAGCUAACAGAUCAUCGAACUGUUAGGAUUUUUGUCAGAUUUAGGGUGCUUUAUUUAAACUCCUGCUGGCUUAUACUAGUUAGACUCUUGCUGUGACAGAAGAAAUAUGGGCAGAGAAUAAGUUCUGCUCUAGAAAUGAUCAUCCCCAAGGCAAUAUGCUUUGUAAGAGAAGAAAGAUUUGGGAUUAUCUCUCCCUUCCAUGGGCAGUGGGUACCUGGAGAAUUAGCUGUGAGGCUUCUUGCUGGUCAUCCGCAGGUAUCAGAGAGUGAAGAGGUCUGUGUUCCUUAGGUCAGGCCUCAGGAAUUGCAGACACAGGAAAGGGUACUCGGGGCUGAAGGCUUAAUCUAGGGCUCUACAAAAUGCUGGGAAGGGGAAAAGACUUGGGCAUUUGUAGUUGGACAGCCAGGAAUGAAAUGUUUGAGGCAUUUAGGCAUCAAGAUUAGAUUUUAUCAUAUAAGGAUUGGGGCAGAUUUCAAUGAAUAAGAACAAACGCGCCUUAACAUUUUCUUUUUGAUCCACAUUUCCGCUCUGAUGUACCUCAAAGUCUGCUUUUUGUGACAGAAGCUUUGAAACUAUAUUCCCAGGGAAAGAAAAAUCUUACGGUGAUCUAUGGCGAAGUCUCUCGUUCUGUAUGGGAUAGUUCUUCGGGCCCUCCUCUAGAUCCUCUGUGGCACUUAUGUUUGAAAUCCUCUGCUGGUGGUACGAGGAGGAAGUACUGUGGUCUUAAUGUGCAGAAGAGAACAGAGUCAGAAGGAAGGGAACCUGUAGACUGAGAACGUACCGAGUCUUUCCAGCGUCUCAGGCCGGUCACAGCGCCCAGCAGGAAUAGAGAUUGCUUAGGGCUCAGAUUUCUGCUCGUAGCUCCGUCUUAAAGCAGAUGUUCGUGGCAUAUUUGAAGAUGAUCUACUGAGUUUCCUAUAAAGUAAUAGAGGCCUCGCGGUAGUGGUUCUCUGAGAACCACAGCAGAAGCAGAGUUAAAACACCGGGAACAAAGCUUAAAAUGUGUGUCCUCUGGAAGCCGAGACGCUCAAGCAGGGGUCACUGAGAGCGUGGCUGAAUUCUACGUCUAGAACAGCUAUCAGUCAGAUAGCAGAGAUAUUUAGGAUUUAUAUGGUAUUUCUAAUAUUUUUACAAAAAAUGAUUUUAAAUCAUGUAACUUGAAGUUUUAAAAAAAAAAAUGAGCCUGUUUUCUUUUUGGAAAACUGGCCCAAUAAAAAUAACACUAGUAUAACUCAAUUGUAUAUGCAUGUGCAUUGAACACAGAGUGGUAUACUAAACAUAGUUCAUGCAAAUAACUUUUGUGGGAAGUUUGGCUAUUUUCAUAAUAUCUUUUUUCAUAAAGGUAUGUUUAUAAAUAUAUUUACUCAUCUGCUAUGACCUUGGUAGCAUUAGAAGUAUUUGUUAGCUGUAUCCUUGAUUCUAAAAAAUCAAAUUCUUGACAUAGUAGGCUAUGAGAGCUUUUUGUUGCUUUGUAUUUUGGCUAAGAAAAUUAUUUCUUGCACUUUCUAUUUAUAAAGAUGUUAUAACACAUUGCACCCACUUAGUGUAGCUGUUGUUUAGAGACAAAAAGAUGUAGGUGUUAAAGUGAAAUGUGUGUUUAAAAAAUCCUGGCAUAAGGGGGGACCUCAAAAUAACAAAGUUGGCUUGCAUCUACCUGAGAAGAGCUGGGGUUUCAUAUCAAAUUGAGAGUGAAAGGAGCUGUUGGGGUAGGCGUGCUGUUGCUGCAAGUUGCAAUUUUAUUGCGAGUUGCCAGCUCUGUGUGUGUGUGUGUGUGUGUGUGUGUGUGUGUGUGUGUGUGAGUGUGUGAGUGAAAGGUGUCUGAUGAAGGCAGAUAAGUCCAUGUAGAAUAGUCUACCUCCCACUGAAGACUGAGCAUCUUCCAAGAUCGCCCUGUAGCCCUCCGGGCAGGAAGCGGCGUCCCUCGGCCACUGUCCACCUCGUCCUCUUGUACUCGCUUCAGCUCCUCUACCUCUGAGCACUUGGCUGAAGAAAGAGUGUGUUUUCGUAGCAAGUGAAGGAAAGCAGACACACAGUCUAGAGGUCGAAGUGUCACAGUUCUCCUGGUCACGUACAGAUGUUGCUCCUUAGCUCCGGUGUCCAAAUCAAACGGUGUCAGAAUGCUUCGGUUUACUGCUCUUAUCUGCUGGCUUCUAUUUGGCAAGAGUAGCCAGUGCAUGUGGAAUCUUUCUGGUUUUUUUUUUAAAAGAUGCACCAAACCCCUUUUAAUGAUGUGAAAAUUUUGUUUGACUCCUGAGCUGUUUUUUUGUUAAUUGCCAUUUGUAGUCCAUGACUGGGGGGCCAGAUGCUUAACCAUAUUUUCCCGAUGCUGAGCCUUCUGCCAGUAUCUUGACACAGAGGGAUGCGUGACAUGGGAUUUUGGAUGACUUGUUUUGCUUUUAGUCAGUCCAAAGAGAUAUUCCUGUUUUUAAUGCCUGUGCUGUUACAGUAGUCAACAUGGCUUUGCUUGAGUGUUGUGAGUGUCAGAAAAUUGAGUUUCAGUAAUAAACUGCCACGAGGCACACCACCUAAUCUUUAAAUCUGGUUGUGACACUCAGCUGACUUACUGUUUGGGGCGCUGGUACACUGAGCCAUGUCAGGCUACCUACAUUUUGAACACAUGUUCUAGGUUAGGAAGGACUCUUGGCCCUUUCACAGAUCUCCUGUGGCCCUUUCCACCUUUUCAUUCUCAGGCACUGGCUGGUUUUAACAUCUAAUAUUCUCGGGUUAGGAGUGAGAAUGAGAGCAUGAUCUGUUUUCACGUGUUUAGAGGUUGACCUCUGUGUUUAGGUACUAGCUGGUUAAGUAUUUGCUUCCCUGGUGACUGGGAAGGGCAAGCGAUGAUUCAUGUGAAAUUCCAGAUAAUGAGACAGGCAUUACUCUUAGGUGAGCCCUGAUCUAUUCACCUCUGCCUGAAUACAGCAUGAGUCCUGGAGGGAGAUGAGGCGGGAGAUCAUGUGAGUCUACUCACAACAGCUCCUGUUUCUCUUCCUUUCUUUUCUCUCUCUCUCUCUCUCUCUCUCUCUCUCUCUCUCUCUGUGUGUGUGUGUGUGUUUCUUAAAGCACAGGGACAGGACCCCUGGGCAGAAAGAGCUGCCCAGUUAUUGUUAUUCUAACUGUAGAAUAAUUGUCAGCCUAUAAGCCAUUCUAAUAUCCUAGACUCAGGAAUUAACUCCUGCUUAGGAAACUUCUUCCCUCUGGCUUAUCUUUUUGUGCCAAGUCUGUUAUAGGCCUGUCCCCCGCUGUUUUGCUAUAACGCAUACUUAAGUGCAGACUUACCUAAAUCCGAAAUUUACUGUUGGCAGUGUGACCUGUUACAGCCAAAGUGAUUUACUUAAAAACAAAGCAAAAAAGUGAGAAAUGCCUAGGUCGUGUCUUUGGGGCACAUAUUAAAUGUAUGAAUCUGAGAGGAAGCAUGGAGUCUUACCUUUCUUCCCUCUGGCUUGAGUGAACACUGCCCUGAAUGCUUUUUAUUACAGGGCCAGUUGACCUAAGCCAGUAGUUUUCUAUCUUGGCUGCAUAUUAGAAUCACCUGGGGCAUGUCAAAAAUGACUGUUGCCUAGGGCCCCCGCCAGACACGCAUGUUGAAUUGGUCUGCUGUGCAGCUUGGGCUUUAAAGGCUCCCCAGAUGAUUCUCGUGGGCAGCCAAGGUUGAGAGUCACUGGCCAGGUAAUCUUGAGUGGUCUUCAGCAGGAUAACCUCAAUCUGAUUCUUUUUGUGUCCUAAGAUACCUUCAUUGAUACCCCAGCAUGGCUCUGAGUUUAAAGUGGGCCAAGGCCCAGGUGGUAAAAUGGAUUAUCCAUUUGUCAUCAAAGCAAUUCUGGGGAGAGAUGUCGCCAUCCAUCCAGUUUCGUCUCUAUACCAAAUACAAGGUGUGAGUAAGUAAGCAAAACAGAUUUUCAAAGUCUGGUCUCAAGAAUCCUCGUUUCUUUGCAUAUGUGAUUUGAGUGGAGAUUUCUCAAUUCUGCUAGCUAAAAUAGAGCACUUGAACUUAUUAAAAGGGCCAAGCCCAACCCACCUAGGAUGAUUUCUAUUUAUAAAAUAAACAGGAAGCAUUAUUAAAGUUAAUGGAAAAAGAGAAGGAUCCUUCCUGGGGGUGAUGGUGAUACAUUUCAUUAUUUGUCUCUUAGACUGUCUUCUAAGUGGGAUUUCGAUGUAAAGUAACUUUCACUUUUCCUUGGGUUUUUUUGUUUGUUUGUUUUUGGGGUUUUUUGUUUGUUUUUGUGAAUGAAAUGCACUAGCUAAGGCUUAAAUAUUUCUGAAUUUUACAUGAAAUGUGAAAUGAGUCAUUUUAGUAUCUUUAUUACAGGAUGUCAGAGACCUAACCUAGUAAUUCCUAAAUGAGGUUCCAUAUCUUUCUUUCUUCCUACCCCAGGCAGUAAAAAUGCCUGUCCAUGGCAACUUCACACAUGGUCAUGGGAAGGGGAGAACUGUAUGGUACCUUAAAAGUGAGACACCCCCCCCACCCCAUUCAAACUGACUAGCUACCAAGUGAUUUCUCAUCCAUGAUAGAAAUUUUUGUUUAAGAGCAAGUUCAGAUAUAGCAGGCUCUUUUCUGAGAGAAUUCUGGGCACCAUAGAAAUGUUCAUUCAUAUAUUCCCUACAAUAACUGAUACUUUACAUUUCAAAUAUGUGGUGUGUUCAAGAAGAAAAAUCGGUUAGAAGGAAAGAUUGGCCAGUGCAGAGAACUGAAGUAGCAUCAGGCUAUGAAAUUUCAUUAAAAUAACACGGAGGCCUGGCUGUUUACAUCGCAUGUAAAUGCUGCAAUGUCUUUUCGAGACAAUGCCUCCAAUGCCUUAGAAAAUUUAUGAAGGCUUCUUGAUAUGG